CCAGCUACCAGCUAUCCGUUCUCCUCUUGCGGAGGUAGACAAGGCUUGCGUGAAGACGUCGAAGGCUGAGCACGAUGCUGAAGGAGCUCUUGUUCUUAGCGCUGGUAGCGCUAUGCGCGUCGAAGGGGUUGCACAUGACCGGUAAGACCGCCGACAUGGACUUCCUUCACAAGCAGAAGAAGAUCUACGAGCUGCUGUUCUUCGUGAAGCAAAACACCCUUACCGAUAUAGAGUUCUACGAGAUUGGCCGCAAUUACGACAUAGAAAGCAACAUGGACAUGUAUAACGACAAGAUGAUUGUUCAGGAGUUCCUGCAAAUGUACAAACACGGUAUGCUCAGUCGUAAUGCCAUUUACUCGCCGUAUUACGAAGAACAUCGCGAGGAAAUGAAGCUCCUUUUCAAGCUUUUCUAUUGCGCCAAGGACUUCCAGACCUUCUACAAGACCGCGUCCUGGGCGCGUCUCCACCUCAACGACGGCGUCUUCACGUCCGCCUUCACCACCGCUGUCUUCUACCGUCCCGACUGCAAAUACAUGAGGCUGCCGGCUCCUUACGAGAUUUACCCCAAUCUGUUCUUCGACAGCGACGUAAUCCAGCAGGCUCACAACAUCAAGAUGACGCGCGGAAUCAUGUCCACCAAUAUGGAUAAUGUCGACAGCUACAUGAUCUACGCCAACUAUUCCGGAAACAUGGUCAAACCCUACCUCGAUAACGAGUACAAACUGGACUAUUUCAUGGAGGACGUUGGUAUGAACGCUUACUACUAUUACGUUCGUCAAGUAAUGCCCUUCUGGCUGGACAUGAAGGACUUCGACAUCCCGGCAUACUUCCGCGGCUAUUUCUACUUCUUCAAACAUAAGCAACUAAUGAGUCGCUACUACUUGGAACGCAUUUCCAACGAUCUGGGUGAUGUCGAGGACUUUGAUUGGAACAAGCCUUUCUACCCGGGCUACUAUUCAACCCUUAUGUAUAAUAACGGACUCGUCAUGCCGCAACGCUCUCGCUACAUGAACGUACCUUUCUAUAAAUACAAAUAUCUGAAGAAUAUCGAAACUCUGGAGAUGCGUAUCAUGAACGCCAUCGAUCUCGGCUAUGUGUAUGACAAGAAUGGCAAGCAAAUCAACAUCUAUACUCCCGAGGGCUUGAGCAUCAUUGCGAACAUGAUCGAAGGUAACGUGGAUUCGUGCAACCGACGCUUCUAUGGAAUGUACGACGCUCUCGCUCGCGACAUCCUUGGUUUCAACAUGGACUACAAGGACAAGAACAAGGUGAUCCCGAGCGCUCUCCAAUGUUACAGCACCAGCUUGAGAGAUCCAGGAUUUUAUCGUCUGAACAAGAGGAUCAUGAUGUACUUCUUCAGGUAUAAAAAAUAUAUGCCGUACUAUACCCAGAACGAACUAAUGUUCCCGGGCGUCAAGUUCGAAUCCGUCAGUAUUGAUAAGCUGAUGACUUACUUCGAUACCUGCGAUACGUUCAUCAACAAUGCUCUCUCCGUGGAGAGCUUCAAGGAGGGAAUGAAGCUACGUGUGAAGACUCGCCGUCACUGCCUCAACUACAAACCGUUCACCUAUCGCUUCAACAUUAACAGUGACAAGGAGACCAAAGCUUUACUCAAGAUAUUCCUGGGGCCCGCUCUCGAUGACAUGCACAAGGAGAAGGAUAUGUCAUAUCUCCGCGAAUACUACAAAUACUUCCUCGAGAUGGAUAAAUUUGUUAUAACGCUGAGACAAGGCACAAACACCAUCGAACGCCACAGCUCGGACUCGAUCUACACCAUGCCUGACAUGAUGUCCAGCGAUAUGUUCUACAAGAAGUUGGAGAAGGCUGUGGGUGGUGGCGAACCAUUUACUUACUACGAGAAGCUCUUCACUAUGCCCGAGCGUUUGACUCUACCCAAGGGCAAACCUGAGGGGAUGCGAUUUAAGAUGUUCUUUUACUUAAGCACGCUCGACGACACCAAGAUGACGAACAUAGAGCUGCCGAUCUUCGGCAAAUUGAUGUUUGAAGGGAAACCGCUCGGCUUCCCGCUCGACAGACCGAUGUACCCGUGGAAGUUCUUCACGCCAAACAUGUUCAUGAAGGACGUAUACAUCUAUCACACGAUGGAGGACGAGAAAACGAUGAGCUUUUAAGUUGCUGAACCUUGCACUCUUAAACCUUCCGAAAAAGAAUAACGCUAUUUUUGACAAUUACAAUUAGAACUGCAUAAGUAUCGCUCGAGUGUGGUACGUGAAUUAAAACGUUUCUUUCAAUAAAGAAUGUUGAUAAAUUA